AUGCCUAUGUCAACUGAUCGACUAUGCAAUUGCAGCGUUGUAUUGAGUCGUACUGUGGCUGAUGUUUUCUCCUGUUCGCUGUUAUGUGCCGCUUCGUUUAUGGCCAAUGAUCAUUCGGCCUCCUACACAAUACUUGCACUCUUCCUAUGCGUCUCCACCUUCGGAUUCAUCCAUCUGAGCCUUUCACAUCUCUUCGUUAUUGCAUUGCGACAGGUGAGCGUUGCUCGUCCUUACGGCUUCACUACGCUCUGUACGAUUCGUCGUGUAAGCACUGUUUGCACAUAUGGACAUUGUGAGAAACCAUUGCUGAUCGUAGCGAUUGGUGUCAUUGCUGUAUCUUCCAUUAUUGUACUCGUUUGCUAUGCUAUUGUUCUAUUCCAUAUGAAAGCGAUAGCGUUCCGUGAAAAGAUGCGUAACGAACCCGAAGUGACAAAGAAGAAAUUGUACCGGUUCCUCUACUUUGGGGGACAUCUUGGACUAUAUGUCGUCGUGUCGAACUUAGUACUCGCUGGAGCCGCCAUUAUUUUCCACAACGUAUACUUGUACAACAAAAUCAGAAACUCGAUGAGGAAAGACUGCGAUAUAGUGGGGUAUAUCGACACAGUGAUCCGCCUGGAAACGUUGGCGGGUGGCGUCGUUCUACUGUGGCUAGUAAGAAUUGUAUUCGAUGUUGUGAUCGUAUUUCUGACAGACUAUCGUCGACUACUUCCGUGGUUAGUCGACAAUGACCCGCAACCGCUCAGAGACAAUCAGAUUUCAAGGAUUUCGGCCCGAGCAAGCCCUCUUCAGUGGCAGAAGAACUGUUUCAACUGUCCAGUAUUCAAGCUCGAUGGUAAUCUUCAUCCGUGGGAUUUCAAGAACUAA